UUGAACAGACAUAUUGUCUAUAAACCGAGUUGUAGUAUUUUCACAAUGUUUUGAUUUUCUCUGGUGCAUUUCUGAACGGAAUUGUGCAGAACGAAAUAACGGAAAUAACCCGAUAGCUAGCUCGUUGGAUUUGCGCUGAGUCGUAAUCGUAAACGCAUAUUAUUCUGUAAAUCAAACCAUCAAAUCUCAUUCCGUAACUGAAAGGUAUUCCAUAGAUAAUUCCCAUUACUUGUCGACCUGGAAGAUGCCGUCGGAAUCAGAAGCGGAAACACCGGCUGUAAGUAGUCCUACACCGGGAGUGAGUACUAAAAAACCUGAAGUAAGUAGUCAAACACCGGGAACAAGUAGUCAAACACCACAAGUAAGUGACCAAACACCGGAAAUAAGCAGUCCGACGUCGAAAGUUAGUAGUCAAACGCCGAAGGAAAGUAGUCAGACACCUGAAAUAAGUAAUCCAGCGUCGGCAGUUGAAAUAAGCGAAAUCUCGACUAACAACAGCAAAGCGCCGGAACCGGAAUCGGAACCAGUAAAUGAACCGAGAGAGGAUGUAGAUGAAGCAUCAGAUGAUGAAGAUAACGUUACGGGAACGACUGAUGAUGCAACCGAAGGGGAGGAGGAACGGGACCCAGAACCGGGUCCGGGAGAUGUAGAGGAUAUUUUUCUCGAUGAAGACCAACGAUCGACUGCAUCCGACACCGAAGAAUUUAUUACAGACGAGCCGAAACAGAUCAUGUUGGAACCUUUACUGAUACCGAAAGAUGAAGAAGAAUCAGGGGACACCCUUGAUACAGGAGAACAAGCAGAGGCAGUAGAUCAAAUGGAAUGUGAAGAGGAUUUAGCACUGCCUAACCAGGAGGAUCAACUUGUAGAAACACUAGAAGAAGAGGUAUACGGUGAUGAGCCAGCUGAAAAGAGAUUUAAAGGCGGGGAAACUUGGGAGGAAGAAAAAACGUUCGUAAUCAACGAGGAAAUAGUUAUUGACGAUGUGAUAGAGCUGGAUCCUAUAGAAGUACAGGCCGGGUACGAAAGUAGCGACAGUAGUAUAUCUAGAAUUGGGAAUAAGUCGGAUUUUGAUGAAGAUGAUGGUGAUGGUGAAGUCACUCCCUCAGAUUGGAACGAGCAUGCCUACACUAAACCCGAACAGCGCGAAACUCGGUCGAGACCUUUGCGACAACCGUUACAGCAAAAACACAUUGUUCCAAGAGCUCCUAUUCAGAUCAAAACCGUUAGAACCAUCAAUGAAAAACUGUCUCCCCCGGUGAAUGUUAAAUGUUUGCUGAGGACUGAAAACUCUCUUUACAACUGUUUGGAAUGCAAACAGUCGUAUAAAACGAUGGAUCUGUUCCUCAAACAUCGAACAAAGCAUCUGCUCAACCGAAGACUUCCGAUCAGUUGUCAAUAUUGCACCCGGAAGUUUGCACAACGGUCCGAUUUAAGCAAACAUCAGAUGUCCCACACGAAGCUGGAGUUGCUCAAAUGUCCUUUGUGUGAGUUAAAAUUUUUCUCGGCCACCAAUUUGGCCACUCACAUGGAAUCGCACAAGAUACCGGACAAUUUAUAUCGGUGUACGAUAUGCUGGAUGCGGUUUUCCGGAAUAAAGCAGCUGGCCGCCCAUCAGAGGGUGGAGCACUCGACUCAGGUGGCGACGAUUACACCGCACCGAACCCGUACCGUUUACGUUUGCUUUUUCUGCGGUAAGGUCGAAGAGGCGUGGACCAAUUUGCUUAUCCACAUGCGCCAACACAAGGGCCCGCUGCUCUGCACAGUUUGCAAUGCGCCGAUGAGAAACAGCGACUCCUUUGCCGAUCACGUUGCCUCGAUCCAUCAGGAUCGGGGUGAGCUGGUCUACUAUCGGUGUGCCAAUACGGUGUGCAAUCAGUACUUCGUCUCGACGGCCGAUUUGAACCGGCACGAACUAACCUGUCUGCCCAAGGGAGGCGAGCUAUGCUGUGAGAUUUGCGAGGAAAAGUUUCGGGAGCUGGAACAUUUCAUCACGCAUCUUAAACUACAUGUCCUGUUGUCCCGGGAGGGAACCCGCAAACGUUGCGAAGAGUGUGAUUUCGAUACCCCUACGGCUGCGGACUACGCACUGCAUUUGGUCAGGCGGCACGGUUACCGGGAUACGAUCGCUUCUGUAGAAGCGUACUACAGGAAGGGAACGACAUCCAAAAUGAUCAUCAAUCCUUCGCUGCCGAGAGCUGGAUUUUGAAGUUAUGCAAACGAAUAACAUGAC